AUGCCCACUAAGUCUGGAGGUGUCCACCAAAGCCUCGACCCCAACCCAGGAAAAAGCCGCAGACAGCAAAUUACACAACGCCCCCCAAACAUAGACCACUGGUGGGGAUGGGAUAUACUUGGGCUCGUCUUAGCGCUUGCAAUCCUGAUCGCAAUAAUCGUCAUCCUGCGUGUGUAUGAUGGAAAGCAGCAACCCAGCUGGAGGUGGAUUUCGCUCAACACCCUGCUCUCGUGGCUGAGCACGGUUGGAAAGGGCUGCAUCGCAUUCCCCAUUAGUGCUGGCCUGUCGCAGCUCAAGUGGGUGUGGUUUGCGCAGAGAAAGCGCCCGUUAUCAGACCUGAGGGUUUUUGAUGGCGCUAGUAGAGGCAUUUAUGGGAGUGCAGAGCUGUUAUGGGCUUUGAGGAUGCGUCAUUUUGCGGUCUUGGGUGCCAUUGCGAUGCUGCUCGCAGUUGGGUUUGACCCAUUCAUUCAAAAUCUGGUGAAUUACUCGCCCGAUCUUGUCGUGGAUGCAUCACGAAUCUCUCGUCUAGCAAAUACCACAGAUUAUAGUGGCCUUGGGCCGCUGCAAGCCGCCGCAGAGAACUUCUAUAUUGAGCCUACAUUCAAAGGCAACAUAUACAACUCCAUAUUUAGUACGGAUAUACGGAGGCCAUGGGCCAUCCCACAGUAUAUGUGCCCAACAGGCAACUGCACCUGGGACCCCAUUGCCUCCCUUGCAGUGCGCGCCCUUUGCUCAGACGUUACAUCCUCCAUCAAGAAAACAUGCGAACACAUUGACAGCCCCGACGCUCCAUAUGACAAUUGCACGGUCUCACUUCCAAAUGGGGCAUCUGCAUAUUAUGCCGACGGUUAUAAAGCGGCAGCAAUUGCCUUACAAGUCCAACCCUCGUCUCAGCCCGUCGUGUACAUCAAUGCCACCUUACCAGUUAUACAGCGCAUCCAAGCAGUAGUACCAAGAACGAAAGAAGGUUGGAAUAUAGCUUCAUAUAUCCGCGAUCAUCCUAGAUAUGUCGCGACGGAAUGUUCCCUGGAACCCGUCGUCCGCAGUGUCAGGGCCUAUGUUAAUAGCUCCGUCUACAACGAAACCACUCUCGCAGAGUGGCCAAAAGCAGAGGCGUGGAAGGACAAGACAAAGAGCAACUACGGGUACUCGCUCCUCCCGGACUGGAAUUCAAGCCUGGGUAUCCAACCUGGUCAGAAUUUUACUCUGUUCCCGAGUAGCCACAGUACAAUCUCGCUCUUCAUGGAGUCACUUUUUUCUGGCAAGGCACAGACCGACAUGAUGCAACUAGCAUUUGUCCCAACUGGAAACCAAUACGGGUUCUCAUAUGCGGUAGCUGAUGUGAUCCAGGCUUUUAUGUAUGGGAACGUCACAGGCUGCGCGGAUAUUGAGAACGACCGGUUUGUUUGUGCAAUGAGGAAUGUUGCUGAUGCUAUGUCCAAGUCGUUCCGCGACCAGGCGUAUAUCGAUAAUGAGCAGGGGGCUAACAUGGUACUGGGCCACACACAGGUGAAUGUGAUUAUUGUUCACGUCCAUUGGCAGUGGUUAACCUUGCCGUUGCUUGUUUGGCUGCUUGGUGCUGUGACAUGGUUAGGGACGGAGUGGAAAACGCACCGCGGGAAGUUACAGAAGUGGAGUGAUAAUCCGCUUCCAUUGUUGUUUCUCUAUCGAGAUGGGGAAGAUAGUCGAAGUGACAAAGUGCAGGGGUUGUCUAACAAGGCGUAUGAGCGGCGGGCCAAGAGCAUUCAUGCGCAGCUGUAUACCAAAGAGAAUCAGGCAGCGUUGGCUGAGUAG